AUGGAGGGGAUGAAGCCGGUGGCGGGGAUGGUGGUGGUGCAGUUCGCCUUCGCCGGCGUCAACAUCUUCUACAAGCUGGCCGUGUGCGACGGCAUGGACAUGAGGAUCCUCGUCGCCUACCGCUACCUCUUCGCCUCCGCCGUCCUCGCACCACUCGCAUACUUCGUCGAGAGGAAGAAGCGCACGAAGCUGACGUGGCGAGUCAUCCUGCUAUCCUUCGUAUGUGGCCUCUGCGGGGGCUCGCUGGCGCAGAACCUCUACAUCUCCGGCAUGAAGCUCACCUCCGCCACCUUCGCCUCCGCCAUGACCAACCUCAUCCCGGCCAUCACAUUCGUCCUCGCCGUGCUCUUCCGCUACGAGGGCCUCGCCAUCCGCACCGUGCCCGGCCAGGCCAAGCUCGCCGGCACGCUCCUCGGCGUCGGCGGCGCCAUGCUCCUCACCUUCUACAAGGGGGCGCAGGUCACCCUCUGGCCCCCCACCCACGUCAACCUCGCCGCGCAGCUCGCCGCCCGCCACCACUCCUCCUCCUCCCAGCCUCGCCUCGCCGCCUCGGAAGAGCCCAACCGCGCCAUGGGCUCCCUGCUAUGCACGGGGGGCUGCUUCUUCUACGCGCUCUGGCUCAUCCUCCAGGCCAGGCUCUGCCGGGAGUACCCCUUCCACUACUCCACCACGGCGCUCAUGUGCCUCAUGAGCGCGCUCCAGUCCGCGCUCUUCGCGCUAUGCUUCGACCGCGACCCCGCCCAGUGGCGCCUCGCCUUCGACGUCCGCCUCCUCGCCGCCGUCUACACCGGCGUGCUCGCCUCGGGGGUCAUGCUCGUCGUGCUCGCCUGGUGCGUCAAGCGCCGGGGCCCGCUCUUCGCCUCCGUCUUCAACCCCAUGAUGCUCGUCGUCGUCGCCGUCCUCAGCUCCCUGCUCCUCGGGGAGGAACUGCACCUCGGCAGCGUGCUUGGGGCCGUGCUCAUCGUCGUCGGCCUCUACGCCGUGCUCUGGGGGAAAGGCCGCGAGGCCACCUCCACGGACCACGGCAAGGUAACCGCCGCCGGUGAGGUCCCACACAUCGACGUCAUUGUGCACCGUCAUCUUCCUCCUCCACCACCACCCUCUCCGCAGCAGCAACAUCAGCAGUCUCCUCCAGUAGCUGCCGUGGCGCGGUGA